ACGUGCACUGUACUCUCACCAUCAGCGUCGGCGAAAUUUCCUGUGAGUUUAAGCAACUCCCUUCGCUCCUUGUGCCUGCCCAGCUCAGGGUGUCGCCUCACGAAAUUUAACGGACACACAUAGGAGUGAACGGACGCAUGGAGUUUUACCUCAGGGACGGCAGCAUGGCUCACGCAGGGAAGAGGUGGCUGCUCCUCAUCCAGCUAACGCUUGCCUUGGCGCCCUAUAAAGCACAGUCAACCACCUUCAAAAUCACUGCUCCUUACUCACUCUAUGUCUGCCCUGAAGGUCAAAAUGUUACCUUGACUUGCAAGUUCAGUGGAUCCAUUGCUGUUCAGCAUGAUAGUAUUUCCAGCAUUUGGUAUGUUAGCCAUCAGGGUGACCAAAGCUGUUCUCAGAAAAAGCAUAUCCGCAACUUCGCAGAAAGACAGUUGCAUUAUGAACAAGAGAAGCACCAUGGGCUUCCUAGUAGUAACUCCACAGCCAAGAAAAACUUUCAUGGGCAACAAACCAACCAUCAUGGGGUCAAGCACUCAACAGAUAAACACGGGAUAUUCUAUAUUACCAUAGCAAAUCUUACUCUACAGGACAGUGGGAACUACUGCUGCUAUGCAGUAGAGCACAACAAGGCACAUUUGCGGCAACAAGCUCAUAGCUUCAUGGAACUCCAUAUACAGAAAGCAAAUGGUACACUUCCAGACUGCACUUUUCAUCCUGUUGCCAACACAGAGAGUGAAAACAUCACAGCAGCUGCACUCGCAACAGGGGCCUGCAUUGUGGGCAUUCUCUGCCUGCCCCUCAUCCUGCUUCUUAUUUACAAGCAGAGACAAGCAAUCCAUAGCAGGCGUGCUCAUGAACUUGUCAGAAUGGACAGCAAUGCCCAAGGCAUUGAGAACCCUGUCUUUGAUGAUGUCCCAGCAAAUUCAGAAUCCAAGCCUAGGCCACAAUUAACAUAUAUGGCCAGUCACCAGCAGUCAGAGUCAGGAAGACAUCUUCUCUCAGAACCAAACACUCCACUCUCACCCCCAGUUCCAGGGGACUGUUUCUUCCCAUCAUUGGAGCCUGUUCCCGAUUCACCAAACCUGAUAAAUGUAUAAUGAGGUUUCCCAGGAAGAACGUCUUUCAAUGCAUCUUUGACAGCCAUUUGGACAAGAAUUUGCUUGCUGCUUAAAAAAAAAAAAAAAAAAAAGCUUUUCUGAGACAAGGGUGGGGGUGGGGGUGGCAGGCAUUUUCUCCAGCACUUGAUACUUGUCCCAACAUUUCACACUCACUGCUGUGCUCCAUGCCUUUCCUUUGAAAGAUUGAAGGGCAGAAAAUAAGUUCUGGAAGAUACAGAGGUACUGAAACAUUCUGGGAUUUUGCUGGCCUUUAAUUUUACAUCACAGAGAAGUUGGUAAUUUUAUGAACAAUUAUUGCAACAUGUGUCUUAAUUGGUGUAUGUUUCACUACACCACAAUUGUCUGCAGGGCUGGAGGAGAGAUAAGAAGACUGUUUAAUUAUAAGGAUUAUGAAUACCAUCACCAAAAGCCUUAACAAGUUACUGAGCAGGGAUCUAGCCAUUGUUUCCCUGGACUCGUAAUACCUUGUCCCCUGGAAAUAUGGGAUGGAUUAAAAAACAAACAAAGUUCUCUCAGAAAAAGUGUGUUUAGGUUUAGUGUGUUUUUCUUUACAUAAAUUAUGGUGUACAUAUAUUAUUUUAAAGUCUGUACUAUUUUGCUGCUUUGGCAUAGCAACAGCACAUUCAGCUUGUAGUUUGCCUUAGAAAAUCACAUACAACAAUGAUUCAGUAUCAGGCUAUGGUUCCAACAACACUCUUCUUUCUUUUUCCUAAUUAUUUUAGGAAGUCUGGUUCUGAACUGAGGCUCCAGAUUCUAUGAGUCAGUCUUGCUGUGUGGUACACAGAAAAUUAUAACUGUGAGCAUGGUGGUGCAGCAGUGAUAUUAAUAUGCCUGAAUAGAAAAAUGUGGAUCUAGUGCCUUCAGUCAUCCUAAACUCCAGGCUGUUUACAGAGUGAUUCAGACCUAUUUCUGAGAUGUGCCUAGUGUGUGGAUUUUGGAACAAGCUAAAGGCCUAAUUUUGAAAAUUUAUCUGAAUGUAGUGUUCCAGUCUAAUACAAUUUCUAUCAGAAGUGCAGCAAUUAUCAGAGACUGUGCAUAGGAGGAUAUGUUUCAAAUGACUUAGCUUAAAAACAUGUUUUAACCAGCUCAUGUUAAUCUGGUUUAACAGUCCAUUUAGCACAUCCCCAGUGCACAAAGCAAAUUGUAAGGUAAGGCAAAACAUCUGGGGCUCUUUGACUGAUCACACCCCACAUUAACUGGUAGAUUGCAUCAAGUAGUUCCAGAGCACAUAGACUUGCUGAGAGGGAUUGACGCAUGCACUUCAGCCUGAUACAACCAAGACAAAAACUGCAGAGAUAUGUAUAUUUAGCAGAUUUUUGUUUGAAAACAGUCUAUCAGUAGGCUAUGAUUAUUUUUAAAAGUUUAUAUGGACAGCAAUCAUUGCAGUCAUUUUGUAAAAUGUUGCUAACAAAACCCCUAUCCCAGGGGCUCCUUCCUACAUUCAUAAACCAUUUGAGAUGGUAUGCUUGAAGUUAAACUGGGUUUUUAAAAAAUCCAGAAAAAAUUCCAUGCUGUGAUGGAAGGAGAACACAAGGGCUGACUGACAUCCAGAAUAAUGCUGUCCCCGUUCCACAGGGGUGAAGAGAUUUUUUUUGCCAAUCUAACCCUGACCGCCGUGAGCCAUUUUUGGAAGGGUGGUAUAGAAAUCGAAUGAAUGAAUAAAUAAAAUAAUCUCCCCUUCAUUGCAUCCUGAAAAUAUUUUCCUGAGGGUCCUAAAAAUAUGUACCCGAGGGUCCCACAGCCCUUGGAGACAUAUUUUUGGCAAGCACAGUGGGCUUCAGAGGGAAGGGGGGGACAUAAAAUAGCAACUCCCCCAUUGUGCAGGCACAGUACUCUGGAUGUCAUUCAAGGGGCGGUGGGGUUAGAACUGUAAAUUGACCUUUUUCUAACAUUCUUCUGGUCCUAAGCUAGUUCUUUAAUAAGAGACCAAUCUUUAUCUCUAACUGCACCCCCUAAACAUGGGAGCCAUACAAAAUAUGAGAACAUGGAGUGGAGUGUGCAUGUGACUUGUCCUCCCAUGAAAUAUCAUUGGAGUUUCAGUUGUGCACCAGUCUUUAAGACAGCUUUAAGUGUACAAGUCUUGCUGUCAGCACCGGGGUGUAGUUUAGCACACAUGCCAUUUUAACAUCCUGAGAUGAAGUGUGCCUUCAAACCUCCAUAUAGAGAUUUUCUAGGGUUUAAAAUAAGUCUAGCAUGAUGCAAACUACUUUUGCAACUAGUACUGCUGACAAAGGGCAAUCCCCCCCUCCCCCACCCCACUCUCAAGCCAAGAAGGUGGUUUUGAGAAUCUGGCACAUCCUAACAUUUAGCGGCUGCAUAGGCAAUACAGCAACUUCCCUUUGCAAUAAACAAACUACUAAACGUGAA